GCUGUGUUGUUUCCCUUUGCAUGUAAUCUAGCCCAGCUUAGGUUAUAAAGCUCUGGUUAUGUCAUUCGGGUGGUGAUCCAAGGGGACGCCACUCUGUUUAUUUAGUUUCAUUUUGGCACAAAAUGCGAAACAAGGCAAUAGGCUAGAGCUGAGUAAGGCAGAACUUGUUAAAGUGAUAUUUUCCCGGGGUCGAUGAGACUCACAUACCGCAAGUGAUGGGUAGGAGAAAGAGAAGAGCAGUCUGCUCCCAGAGACCUCCCCUGAUUUUUCUGAACAGCCCAACAGACGAACCAGCUCCUCUCCAGUCCCCAGACAUGGCGGUAGAGAAUCCACUGACUGCCAAGACAGUUCCAUUUGAUGAAACCAUCGCAUGGGUCUCCCCACAGUUUCGGAACACAGAGCCAUACUACUGCCAGCAGAGAGGGAGGAGACAGCUUCGUCAGAAUUACGCUUCGGAAACUUUCAAGACGAGAAAGUCCAAAUUUGUUCCUCUGGAGUUUGUCCACGAGACUUAUCCUAGUCCUAGCCCUCGGAGAGAAGGAAAAUCCAGAAACAGUUGUGACGGUCAAGGGGGAAAAAACAACACAAGUACAGUGAAAACUGUUGCAUCCAAGACUUUGGACUGUUUUUUCACACGCUCAUCCAUGAACUCUGUACACCCAACAAGAGCAGACCCUGGCAAAGAAAACAGUCAAGAGAACGUUCAGAGGUCGGUUGUUGAAGGCUUUUCACCACCACCACCACCACCCACUGUACAAGACAAUCCAGGCUCUACGGCAAAGCGGAAUGAGAGAGUUGUGCAUAAUUGUGAUGUGUCGAAGUCUGCCUCUGAUUCCUUAAUAUCUGUCCCAACACAUGUUCCGUUGGAUGACGAUGGUGAUGAUGGACAGAAGGAGAAAGUUGUGAGUCAGAAUGAUGUGUCAAAGUCUGCCUCUGAAUCUGUAGAGAGAGCUGUUUCCAUGUUUGUCCCAACACACAUUCCUUUAGUAGAUGAUAACGACGAUGAUGAUUGUGGUGAUGAGCAGAAUGGGCAGCAAUCAAACCAAAUUCAAGUGAGAAAUUGUCUGUCUACCGAAACUGAGAGUGAAUAUAAUAAUGUCUGUGAUCCGGCUAGAACUGGUCGUCCCGCGAUGUGUGGGGCGACGCUGCGGCGGUGUACUGGCACUGACAGUCCUCCGCGCUGCUCUCAGCCCGACCUCGUGCUCGCAGUUGACACUCCUAAAGGCGAAUACGGGCUAUCUCACAGGCAGAGGCAGCUGAAAUACGUGAAGUAUGGACUGCGUAACGCCAUAACGUGAAGCCUUCUGUCUGUAUGUCUGUUUGUCUGUCUCUCUCUCCCUCUCUCUCUCUUCCUCCCUCCCUCCCCCCC